UCCAAGCUUCCUUGCUAUUCUCGUCACGAUCGAAACGACCGAACCAUUCCCUAACACCUCAUAAUUGACACUGAUAUGACGAGUAAGCCCAUCCUCCUUUUCGACUUCUUCACUGACCAUAUACCUCGCAACGUUCGCAGCAUACGCUUUAUCAGCGACCUUCAUCGCCCUCGCACUCUCGACUCCCGCGCACGCCGCCAACUGCUUCAUCGACCAGUUCGGCAACGAGCGCUGCCGCCUCUCCACCGGCGCGCGCAUCGCGAUCGCCAUUGCCGUCUUCGUCGGCUUCGUCGUCCUCCUCAGCGGCUUAUCGUUCUACCGCAGGAGGAGGAUCCAGCAGGCCAAUCUGGCCUACGUCAACACCAAUCCCAACAACUUCCCGAACUCGGGGUACGGCGGAUACGGAGUGAACGGAGCCGGAGCGUACGCGACGAGUCCGCCGCAGUACCCGCCGCAGACGCAUUGGGGCGGCGGACCGGUGGGCGGCGAUUAUGGGGCGUACAACCCGCAGAGUGGCUUUGCACCGCCCGCUGGUCCUCCACCAUCUGGCAAGGGAGGAUACGCCCCCUACGACGUCGGGUCAGGAGCUGGUGCCCCGCCACCCGAUUACGCCAGCUCUCCGUACGCGAGUUCCCCGUACGCACCGCCUCCCGGCCCACCGCCCGCCGUGAACCAGUCACAACGUCCGCACGAGAACCCGCAGCAAGCUUGAGCUUGAGCUUGAGAACAAUACGUAGCGAGCGCGCUUCUCCGAAUCUAGACGUUUGUUAUGCGAUUUUGAUGUUGAUGUUGAUGAGCUCUGGAUCGGACGAACGACCACGUAUAGUACUCGGUUGAGUGUUUGUUUAUCAUUUGUACUAUACUGUAAUCUUCGGAUAAUCUUGCCAGUGCCUGCGCGCUACCUGAACCUUGAUCCUCAUGGAAUGCGACCGGUGCGGGCACACCUUAGCGAUGUAACUGAGCGAUGUAACAGAAACUCAGCAAUGUAAUGCCG